GGUUCCGGCAGCAGCAAGCUAGGCUGCGGCGAGACGGCAUGGGCGCGCGGAAGGGCCGGCAGUAGUUGUGUCCUGUUAACCGGCGUCAUGGCUGAGCGGGAGCACAAGAGCCUCGAUGACUUCUUCGCCAAAAGAGACAAGAAAAAGAAGAAAGACAAGACCAAAAUGGUGAAGGCAGGGCCAGUCGCGCCGUCCAAAGCUGCCGUGGCGGCCGAGACCGUGGCCUUGUCAGCGCAACCUAACUCGGCCCCGGAGCCGGCCGUGACAGCGGCCUCGCCCACCGAGCCAGCCGACGCGGCGCCUGUAGCGAUCCCCGCCCCGAUUGCAGUCGCCAAGAAGCCCAAGAAGGAGAAGGAGCGAAUGGUGAAGGGAGAGAGCCAGGACCUGCAGCAGGAGCCGAGUAGGGAGGAUGAGGAAUGGAAGGAGUUUGAACAAAAGGAAGUUGAUUACAGUGGUUUAAGGAUUCAUGCCUUACAAAUCAGUGAUGAAAGAGAGGAAGAAGAUAAUGAGAAGAAAGAAGAUCAAGAUGAGAAUGGAGAGAAUAUCUUGUAUAGAGAAGGAGACAGGACCAUUGGACCUUGGAACAAGAUAACGCCAGUGCAGACACCUGUCACUGUGGUUGAAGAAGUCCCAGAAGCAAAACCAACUGGUGUGUAUCGACCUCCUGGAGCCAGAUCGGGUAGCGUGAGAAGAACGCAAUCACAAGGACCACCCGAGAUCUUCAAUGAUGUACAGUUUCCAUCCCUACAGGCGUCAGCAAAGCAUGUAGAAACCAGAAAAGAUAAAGAAAUGGAAAAGACCUUUGAGAUGGUGAAAUACAAAAACAGAGCCAGAGAGGAUGGUUCUAAAAGUCAGUCCGUUCAGCUAGAACUUGGCAACCAAUUUGCUGUUCUUGAAGAGCAGUAAAUAUUGGUGCAUAUUUUACAGACUGCUGCUCUGUGUUCCAUCCCAGGUAACUAAGCAACAUGGAAACCACCUGUCUUCACCACACAAUGCAAGAAAAAAUGUUUAAUUGAGGUGGCAUAGGCUUCUGUGGACAAAUGAGGCAUCAUGUGAAUUUUCAGCUUGCAGCACAAUAACUGCUGUCAUCUGCAUUGGACUCGAAUUAAUACAAGGGUUUGAAUGAAGUGUCAGUCUUGGAAUGACAUUUUUGGAUAAAGAAUGAAAAUGCAGCCAUUAAGUGGUCCAUUUGUUUAUAAUCCUGCUUUCUAGAUGAAUGUUGAG